GCAGCGGCGGAGGAACAUUGACACACAGAGUCCCAACCAGGGAUAGACCGGGUCCUACAGCGUCCCCCUGUCCGAGCGAGACGUGGCCUACGACGGCACAAGCAGGGAAACGACGCUUUGUUCUAAGUGCAUCGUUGCCGUUUUGUUUUUUAAACGCUAGGUAUUAAAGAAGUGGGUUUACGGGGAAGUUUGUUUGCUCACGGCAGCGGUGACCGGAGCAUGAACACCGGUGCGGGGAGGCAUCAGUCUAAACUUCACUGACUCCGUGCGCUCGGUCCACGUUUUUUUCGCCGACUUAUCUGCUUGAAACCUGCGUUUAUUUUCCAAAAGAAGCUCGUUUUAUCGGGCCGCCGUGGUUGUUUCUCUGUUUGGUCGCCGAAAAGCCUCCAACUUUGUAAAAAACAUCCAGGUUUCCAGACAGAUAUUCACAGAUUCACAGAGAUACGAGAGGGAAGAACUGCGAAUAGAAGGACGGACGGAGACGUGGAUGUAUCUGCAGCCAUGGAUGUAACAGUUUACCCGCCUCCUCCUCAGCCUCUGUCCGCGUCAGACCACACCAGGCUGGGGCAGCUCUCGUACCCUGACCCGGCCUUCGGGACCAACAAGCUGGAUGGGGACACCAUGUUCCUGGGUAUGCCAGAGCAAGGCCUUGACUAUGCCUCAACCAAUCAGUUUCGUGUGCCACAGCCCCCUCACCCUCUCAGCAAGGUGACGCCACCCAACCAGCCCUCCCAGCACUGGAGGAGGGACACACACAUGGCCGACUCACACCGUCUGCCCUGGUCCUACUCAAUGGGCGGUUUGGGCGAUGAGGACUUCAACAUCCCGCCCAUCACUCCCCCCACCUUGCCAGACCACAUGCUGCCCCCCCACCUCCCCCACGAUUCCCGCUCUGGACCGUACCACCCCAUGGACCCCCCUCCAAACUCUGCUCCACACCACUCCUACCAGCUGCAGGGCAUGGAUCUGCCCGGCAUGCCCGGCAGCCAAGACUGGGCUGCCAUGUUGAACCAAGAUGGCCGCACCUUCAGUCCGGAUGGCGGCCCAAUGACCAGCACACUGUCCGUGAUGCAGCAGAUGGUGAACUCUGAUUCUCGGUUCACCAGCAGCCAGCAGCCAAUCGAGGCGGCUCUCGGACCCAGGAGCCAAUCGGGCAUGAGCCAGCAAAGCCAGUUGUCCACCAUCAACCAAUCCCAGCUCGGCCUGAGUGGGAACUCUGUUACCCAUCACUCUCCCUCACCCCCUGGAAGUAAAUCCGCCACGCCGUCUCCCUCCAGUUCAGCUCACGAGGACGACAAUGAUGACGGACUCAGGCUGGUCAGCGUAGCAGAGAAGAGGCCAGCAACAGUGGACAUCUCCAAGAAACCCAAAACACCAAAGAAGAAGAAGCGAAAGGACCCCAAUGAGCCAGUGAAGCCAGUGUCCGCCUACGCCUUGUUCUUCAGGGACACUCAAGCCAACAUCAAGGCCCAGAACCCCAACGCCACCUUCGGGGAGGUGUCAAAGAUCGUGGCCUCCAUGUGGGACGGGCUGGGAGAGGAGCAGAAACAGUUGUAUAAGAAGAGGACAGAGACGGCCAAGAAGGAGUAUCUGAAACAACUGGCAGCCUACAGAGCCAGUCUGGUCUCCCAGAGCUACAAUGAUCCAUCUGAUAUGAAGCCGCCCCACUCUUCCUCCACACCUCCCUCUUCCUCUAACUCAAUGUUUACACCCAAACCCUCGGUCUACUCUGGUCACCCAGGCCAGCAUCAUUCCUCCGGCUCAAUGGCCCACCCUCACCCUCACUCUCACCCUCACUCUCACUCUCACCCUCACCCUCACCCUCACCCUCACCCUCACCCUCACCCUCACCCUCACCCUCACCCUUCCCAUCCCCAUCAGCACCCAAGCAUGUACAUGCCGUACCCUCACCCGUCGCACCCGUCGCACCCUUCCCACGCCUCAAGCCCUGGCCUCAGCCCGCACCUGCCCCCUCCCCACACCCAGAUCCACCCCCAGCUCCAGGCUCUGUCCUCAAGAGGGACCGUCCCGCGGCCCAGCGUCCCCCACCAGGGAGUUCUGUCCCUUGGCGGCAUGGCGGCGGCGUCCCCCCCACCUCUCCAGGUCAGCCCUCCCCUCCACAGCCAGGCACACCUGGGGGGGCUGCACAGUCCACACCAUCAGCACCACCAGCACCACCAGCACCAGCAGCAGCUCAGUGGACACGCACUGGGAAUGACGCACUCACCUGGCAUCACACAGGGCUACCACUCCUCCCUCCAGUCUGACUACCAACAAUUAGGAGGAGGUAUGCUUAAUAGUGGAGCGUUGAUGUCAUCAUCAGUGGACUACCAUCCAAUGGCUCGACACACGCCCAACCAACACCCUCCUCUGGACUGGAGUACCGAUUACCACGGCAACAGCGGCCUGCAGAGAGACAAACCUCUCUACCUGAGCUAAUCUCAGGACAGAGGGACGCCAAAACUUCAACCUAGCCCUUCGACUGCCAUGCCGCUGGAACAUUCAGCCUCACCUCUACUCGACAACCCAGGCCAGCCUAGUCCAGCCGUAACCCACUGAGGACUCAACCACCUGCACGCUUCAGUUGAAAGCCCCCAGUAGAAUAAUGGGCCAUACCUGUGUGUAACUAGCACGUCUCCACUCAGGGACAACAGGGCCAGUGUUAAGACCAGGAAGAAGGAAGCAUGUCCCACGGCUGUAUUUCCUUUUUACUGACCAUUUACAGCAUAAGACAAGUUAUGCUUUGAAUUUAAAUUGUGCAUACCAGCGAGGAGAGGUGGUGUGCUGUGAACCAUGAUGAUAGGUGUAUAUACUCCAACCUCCCUCAGAAAGGGAUAAUCUGUCUAAUUUCCUGUCUGCCCUUAACAAAAAGAAAAUGUAAAAAAAACAACCUCAUAUUUAGUUCCUCAUUUUAAAGAUGGUGUUUACCAUCAGUUCCAAAAAGAGCCAAGUGUAAAUUGCUAAAUAACAGUUUGAGCUAUUGCUCUUUUUGACCUAAUAGUUGCUUUCUCCUUCUGCGACCAAAGUCAAGAAACACAAACAAUGGGUCAAUAACCAAAUACUACACAAAGUGUGUCCCCGCUUGUUCCUUAAUGAUCUAAAUACAUGUGUGAAGUCCCACACACAGAGCGACGUAUCGCUGAACGCGUGACGACGACACUUCACUCAGCUCACGAUAAAGAAGAGAACGAGAGGUGGAGCGGCACCUGAAGCCGCCGGCCACCUCUGUAACCGGGAAUAAUUGUGUACGAUUAAAGCACUCUCAUUGUUCUCUCGCGGCGACGCUCACAUCGGCAGGGUAGAAACUCAUUGUAUUUUAGUCCUUGAAGUAAUGAAAUGUCAAACAAUUCUUUGUUGGGCGAGGGGGGGGAGAAGAAAAAAAAGAAAAGAAACUAAAAUACUCCUUUGUACGAUGACAGCUCCUCCUCCUGGCAUAUGUUCGUUGAUGAUGUCGAUUCGGAUCCAAACUGUGCGUGUGCGUGUGUGUGUGUGUGUGUGUGUAACGAGAAGGCGGAGUGGUUGAUUGGGUUGCAUGGUCUCUUUUGUCAUCUCUAUUUCUCUGUGCACAGAGGCUAUUUAAGAAACUAUAACUGUUGCUGGGUUGGCUGUGUUUUAAUGUUAUUUUUUUUAAUCAAAUAAAGUUUUGUUUUAGUGUUAAUGAUGAUGAUGAGGGACACAUCUCUCUCUCUGCUCUGUAUCGCUUUGUAUUAAUGUGUUUAUUUUGGCAGAUGAAAGGACUCUGGGCAACAACAACCAUGAAGAUUUUCUUAUUUUUAGAUUCAAAUAAUGUG